CGUCGUGCGCUGUCAUGACGAAUGGAGAGAUCCGGACACGUCAAAACAGGAAGAAACAAAGAUGGCGGAGUGGGGCAGAGGCCCAAGUUCUGGGGCAGUGGAUGACAUGCUGGAUGAAGAAAACAAGCGCCUCACUGAGAAUCUAUCCACAAAGGUGACAAGGCUGAAAUCGCUUGCCCUGGACAUUGACAGAGAGGCUGACGACCACAACAAGUACCUGGAUGGAAUGGAUUCUGAUUUCAUGAGUGUGACCGGUCUUCUUAGCGGCACUGUGAAACGUUUCACGGGGAUGACUCGUUCAGGACGUGAUAAUCGCAAGAUAUUAUGUUAUAUUUCAGUCGGACUUGUUGGAUUGUUCUUUCUAUUGUACUACUUAGUAUCUCGGGCCAGCACGUGAAGGUGGCUCUCCACACCACCCCAAAAAGACAUUCCAAAUGCACAGUACCUAAUGACCCAGAACGUGAGAUGGAAUGUGCCAGCUGGUCUUGGCACUUUAUGAAAUUCCCUCGUCUAACAAUCAAUCUUAUACACCUAAUCCAGUAACCAUAACACAUUUUAUCUAAGUUGUGAUUUGAGAUUAAUAUUAUUUUUUCUAGAUAUAGUUGAUUCAAAGUAUUCAUUUCUAUCCAGUUUCCACAAACUUGUAUCUGUGUGUAUUUUCUGCAAACCAAGUAAACUUAUUCAUAGGCUUCAUUAUUUUAAAAUGACCUUUCCAUAUACAAGGUUUAUUUUUCAAGUACAAAUAAAAAUAAUGGUGUUUUUUUUUUUUUUUUUU